GCAGCUGGAGAUCCUGUCGCAGACAAUAAGGGCUGCUGCACCUGCCUGGAGGCUCCUGACUGAGGACUGACUGCACAGCCGCAUAAACUUCAGCCGCUGGAAGAUGAAACUGGACAUGUCUCCACACCUUCUGCUGUUUACUCUCUACCUCCUUGUUCUACCAUCGUCCCCGACUCCCGACCAAGAGUCAGAUGAUUUCAAGCUUCUCCAGGUAACCAUCCCUAUCACUGUGCCUGUGCUUGCCAUGCUGGGGGGUUCACUGACUUUGCCCUGCCUGGUGUCGCUCACCCACCCACCGCCGUCGCCUCCCACUAACGGGCGCCAUGCUGUGUUGUCUGUGCCCCGAGUCAAAUGGAGCGUCCUUAGGCAUGGUGAAGAGAUGGAGAUCUUGGUGGCCCGUGGCGACAGGGUGAGAGUCAACGAAGUCUAUAAGGACAGAGCCUCGCUGCUGAACUACGCCUUCUCCCCCGCAGACCUCACCCUGCGGCUGGAGAGCCUGAGGCAGAACGACACUGGCUUCUAUCGCUGUGAGGUGCAGCAGGGGCUGGAGGAUGCUGAUGAUGUGGUUCUGGUCAAGGUCAAGGGUGUGGUGUUUCAUUAUCGCGAUGCAUCCAGUCGGUACGCCUUUACCUUUGAGCGCGCCACAGCGGCCUGUGAGGAGAUUGGGGCUGAAAUCGCCUCCCCAGAGCAGCUCCUCGCAGCCUAUCACAGUGGAUACGAGCAGUGUGAUGCAGGAUGGCUGUCAGACCAAUCUGUCAGAUAUCCCAUUCAGAUGCCAAGGGAGGGAUGCUUUGGAGACAUGGAUGGUAUGCCGGGAGUGCGGAACUAUGGACUGUUGGACCAUGAUGAGCUCUAUGAUGUCUACUGCUAUGUGGAAAAUAUUCAAGGUGAGGUGUUCCAUGGCACCGCCCCCCAGCGCUUCACCUUCUGGGAGGCGAAGGCUUACUGUUUGAGUCACGGUGCGGAGCUGGCCACCACGGCUCAGCUUUAUGCAGCCUGGAACGAUGGACUGAACCACUGUAGCCCAGGAUGGCUGGCGGAUGGAAGUGUGCGGUACCCUAUUGUCACCCCUAGAGAGCGCUGUGGAGGAGGGGAACCUGGAGUGAAAACCAUCUAUCAGUACAUCAAUCAGACAGGCUUCCCUGAUAUUCUCUCUCAGCACGAUGUUUAUUGUUUUAAAAGUGAUAAUGGCCCUUAUACUGAAUCCCCUCAAGAUGCUCUUCCCACUGAGCCAGAGGACAUUGGCCAAGACAUUGUUUUCCAGGCCACUCAGGAGGAUGCCAGCUUGGGUGAAGUUGCACCAGAAGGGAGGGAGGAGAUGCAACAUCCCCAAAAGGCAAAUCCAGAAAACCAACACCCUGAAAUUCCUUCACAGACUUCGACUCCCCUGUCUGAUCAUGAAGAGACAUUCUCUACUAUUGAGAGCUGGGAGCUGAUAAAGAAGGAAAGUUACCUUGAUUCUUAUCAGCCAGCACCUAAAGAAACCCCAAACAAAGAUCACCAAGAGUCUCUUGUAUUUCCGACAUCUUCUCCAAAGUUUGAUGCCGUAACCAAUGAGAACGGUACAUCUGCAACUUAUAUCACAGCAUCAGAAACUCUGAUGCCCACAGAGGGUCACACCUUGGAAACUGUGAGCUUGGAUUGGUUGGCUGUUAAUGCCACGUCUGAAGAUGAUGUGGAGGAAAUUCAUCAUGAGGAGAGUGAUCUUCCAGUUUCACAAGAGGACUACACAACAGAUGUCUCUUCAGGUCCUUUCUCUGUAACUGAAUCUGCUGUUUCAGAAGCUCCAGAGGAAAACUCCACUCAUACUGCUGUACAACUUUCAGCUGAAACAACUUCACCCCAAAAUGAAGAAGUUGAUGUUCCUUCCACCUCCAUGUUCCCAACGUUUACUGAGAGUUCGGCAGAAGAGAUUUCCGGAGAGGGGACUAAUGAUGCUCAGGAAGAGGAAACAAAGGAUACUGUGACUCCCAAUUUUACAGGAAUUGACAUUUUGUCCACUUCUGACUCAGGUUACACCCUCACCCUGGAGCACUCUGAUGUACCAACAGAAUCAGCUCUCCAUGUGAACAAUCACGAUGAGGAUAUAAACAGCUCUUCAAACACUACAGAAGCUGAUGAUUUAACAGAGCAGAGUGGACACAUCCCUCCAGCAAAGUUACCAAAUGUAGACGUUCCCCUAGUCACAGAUGAGACAUUCCUGGUAUCUCCGGACUCUGUAACACAAGAUCCUCUUUCUGUAAAGGUGGAAGUCAGAUCCGAUGAUAGAAUCUUCUAUCCAGAAAGUCCCACUCCUUCUGAGGUUGAGCCUUUGGAGGAGAAUCAAGACCCAUUAGAAGAAAACCAAGAGGUCUUCCUCAAUACUGUCCCAAAUCCCACAGAGGAUGAUUUAAAUGAGGGAUGGGAUGAAUCCUCAGGAGAAAAUCCUGAACUCAAUGCGACAAACCCGACUCUCUCAACUGACCACAGGGUUGAUGGCAGUGAAGCUCCUCCUCCGACCGAGAUAAAGAUUACACUGAUUCCUGAUCUGAGCCUCACACCCAGGUGGGAACCGGUGCCUUCGACCCCAACAGCACAGGAGUCUCGCUCUGAUCGGGAAUACAGUGCAGAGCCGCCUGUCCAUGAAAAAUCUAAUGAGAUCUCUAAAGAGCAAGAAUUUUCUAGAACACGGAGCAGAACUCAUGCAGCACAAGGAUCAGAGGGAAGUGCAGGAGAGCCCACCACAGAUGAGCCUCCAGUCCACAUCUGCACAUGGCAUCUUGAAGAAGAGGACAGUUCCCCUGCAGUUCCCACGGCUAAUGUGGAUGUGACUAUUGCUGCUCCUCAUUCAGAUCGAGAAGUUUUUAAAGUGACUGAAAGGCAGCACACAGCCAUGGGGGCUGCUCUUCCUGCAGGCAAAGUUCCUGCUGCAACACAAGGAGACUCCUGCCUGGAGAAUCCUUGUCUGAAUGGGGGAACUUGUAUUGAUGGUGAUCCACUAAAGUGCAUUUGCUUACCUGGUUAUGGAGGACCCUUGUGUCAAAGAGAUGUGGAGGAGUGUGAGCCAGGUUGGGAGAAGUUUCAGGGCUUUUGCUAUCGUCACUUCAGCAAACGGCAAAGCUGGGAAGCAGCAGAGCAGCACUGUCGGUUGUGUGGUGGACAUCUGCUUUCUGUCAUGACUCCUGAGGAGCAACAUCACAUCAACGAUAAAUACAGAGAAUAUCAGUGGAUUGGACUAAAUGACAGAACCAUUGAGGGAGACUUCCGCUGGUCUGAUGGAAACCCUCUGCUCUAUGAGAACUGGUACAAAAACCAGCCAGACAGCUACUUCCUGUCUGGAGAGGACUGCGCGGUGAUGGUUUGGCACGAUGGUGGUCACUGGAGCGAUGUGCCAUGUAACUACCACCUGUCCUACACCUGCAAAAAGGGUGUCUCGUCCUGCGGAGAGCCCCCUCGGGUCCACCAUGCUCGGGUGUUUGGGAAAAAGCGGUCGCGUUAUGAGACCAACAGCAGGAUUCGGUACUACUGUGAAGAGGGUUUUAUACAGAGGCUCAACCCUGUUAUUAGAUGUCUGCCUGGAGGCCACUGGGAAGCACCUCAGAUCACCUGUGUGCCAACUCGUACAGUGGAGGGGGAUUCCUCGCCUUCCCAGCCUGACCAGCAUGAGGACGUCAUGGUUGCAGCUGCAGAGAAAGCAGCACCACUUUACUGGGAUAUAAAGUGGAAUUUUUAAUAACAUUUUGUCCUAUAAAGAAAAUAAGUUUUCCCCUGAUUUAUGUCUUAAAGACUCUCCUACUGAAUUACCACAUUAUGGUUGUCUGUGUAAACGAAAACAACCUCAGCUGAAAGUGUUUUGAUCCAAAUAUCUGUCUUACUGUGCUGCAAAUAGUGAAGUUUGUUUUAAAAAAAAGUUAUUGCAAAAUGACCUAAACAUGCUACAUAAACUAGAAGUACAGUAAAUUUUCUGUCAAAUAAUUAGAAAUGAAGAAAAUUGAUAGACAUUGCAAACCACAAGAAAACGAUAAAUUUAAUGAUCAUACACAAUGAUGAAUUUUCACUAUCCAAUAAAAAUUCCAGCAGAAUGUUUGUUUUUUUUUUGUGUAGAAAACCACAGCUCAGAUAUACAUGGGAAAAUAAUUUCCAAUUUGCUUCAGUACAUUAUUAAUAAUCAGAAAUGUAGUAAAUAAAAUUGAAUUUGUUGAGUAAACCAUUGUGAUUCAAACACAUCAAAUGUAUUUAGAAUUUAUAAAUAACACAAAUUAAGUUAAUCUUUUAAUUCCAAUAGAAAUUUAAUGAUCAAUAUUAUUGGUUUACAUCAUCAGGAAUACUGUUGCUGAAUGUUGUGUUUUGGAUAAAUCUGAAAAUGCUAAAUCAAGACUAAAGGAUUUAAUUUACCAUCAUCA